AUGGCCAACAAGAACGUCUCUCCAGAAGAGCAGGCUGCUGCACAAGCUGCAGAUGAAGAAAAAACCAAAGAAGAAUUAGAAUGGGCCGAGAAAGGAUCAUUAUUAUGCAGGAUUAAAAAUCAAAAAGUGAAGGAGAUGUCUUUAGUGACUAUCAAAAGCAAACAAUUCCUCAACUACUAUUCAAGUUACUGGUUCAAUUUUGUUCCGAAUGCACUGAAAUCCGUUGCGUUGUCUGAACUACUCGAAGUUCGAUCUGGCUAUCAAACCGAUAAUUUGCAAAGAGCGUCGAAAAAGUACGAAUUUCAAGAGUUGGCACCAGAAUCAAGAUGCUUCUCUGUUAUCUUUUCCCAUGCUAAAUUCCUACACAAGUCGGUUGAUUUUUGUGCCGAUUCCAAAGAAACGCGCGACAAAUGGGUUUCCGUACUAACUCAUCUCAUAUCAGUUGCCAAACAUCAACGAGUCGUCUUCAACGAAACUGCUUGGCUGAUUGACAAAUUCCAGCAAGCAGACACCAACAAAAAUGGUCUUCUUUCAUUCGAUGAAGUUUGGAAUCUUCUCAAAAGAAUGAAUCUUCAAAUCAGUGAAAGAUAUGCAAAAGCAAUCUUCAGGGAGUCAGAAUUGGAAGAUUCAAGGGAUAACAAAUUGAAUGAAAAAGAAUUUCUCAAUUUUUUCGAACGACUGACAGACCGUCCAGAUCUUCGUUUUGUGAUGACGCAAGCUAGUUCUGAUAAUGUGGAAACGUUAACUGUCGCAGAUUUGCAAAGGUUUCUAACAGAAGAACAAGGUUUUGAAAAAGUUGAUCUGAAGAAAGCCGAGCAAAUCCUUGAUACCUUCGAACAAACCGUGCAAGACAAACAAAAGGAAAAGUUGAUGGGUCUGAUGGGAAUGCGGAGAUUGAUGCAAUCCAGAUGGGGAAAUGUAUUCAAGCCAGGGCAUGAAAGUAUCUUCCAAGAUAUGGAUCAACCACUCACCCACUACUUUGUCAAUUCAUCACAUAACACAUAUUUGACGGGGUUGCAAGUGAAAGGAGAAGCGACAGUGGAAGGCUACAUUUCUGCGUUGAGGAAGGGAGCAAGACUACUGGAGUUAGAUUUGUUUGAUGGUGAGCAUGGAGAGCCAGUCAUCACUCAUAAAAGGACAUUCAUUGAGUCAAUCACACUGAGAAACUCAUUAGAAGCUAUCAAGAGAACAGCCUUCGAAACAUCUCCGUAUCCUGUGAUCUUGACUCUCGAAAACCACGUUGGAUUCGUGCAGCAAACAGUAAUGGCGGAAUUGUUCAAAGAAAUUCUUGGAGAUUCUCUAUACAUUCCACCCAAAGAUUCACAUCGUCAUCCAUUGCCAUCACCAAACAAACUCAAACGAAAAUUCCUUUUGCGCGGAAAGAAAAUCAUUUUGGAAGAAGAUAUUGAGGAACCGGAUGAGGACGACUCACCAACUGAUAAGGACAAGCAUCAUGUCCAUCCUCAUCCAGUUUCUCCUGAACUCUCGGCUCUAAUUGGAUUGCCAUCUGUGAAAUUGAGUCAUAACAUCUAUCAAGAUGUUCACAAACACCCAUUCGAUGGAAGUCCUUCUCUGUCCGAGAACAAAGUUUACACCAUGUUCGAGGCUGCUGUCCCAAUAUUCACAUACACUGCAGAACGGCUGGUGAAGAGUUAUCCAAAAGGCUUGCGUCAAGAUUCUUCCAAUAUGCAUCCGAUCGUUUCGUGGUUGUGUGGAAUUCAAAGUGUUGCUAUGAACUUUCAAACUGCUGGAGAAGAAUUAGAUCUGAAUGCAGGAUUGUUCAGAAGCAAUGGUAAUUGUGGUUAUGUUUUAAAACCAGGGUGUUUGCUGGAUGGAGUUGAUCCAAGAAGUAUGUCAAAACCAAAGAUGAAGCUUGGCAUUGGUCUUUUCUCGGCGCAAUAUCUUCCAAAAUCAGAGCCUGGAAAGGAGAUCAUUGAUCCAUAUGUUAGUGUUCAAAUCUUUGGAAUUCCACGUGACGAAACAAAGGCAAAGACCAGAAUCAUCAAGGAUAAUGGAUUCAAUCCAGAAUGGAGAGACAAUUUCUAUUUUACGCUCUGUUGCCCAGAGCUUGCCAUUCUUCGAUUCUGCGUGAAAGACUUCGAUUCUACUUCAUCCAACGAUUUCGUCGGGGAGUUUUCAAUUCCAGUGAUGAGUCUUCGCACCGGUUAUUCCCAGAUUCAGUUGAACACUGGAUAUCAACACACUUUGGAUCCAUCUGCAUCCCUUUUUGUCAGAAUUGCAAUCGAGGAGGAAUAUUGA